CAGAUUCGAGGGUGUAGUGAUUGCACGCGGGAGCCUGAUGCGGAGGAGGCCCGACCCCCUGAGGGGGAGAGGCUACCGGGGGACGGCGCAAGCUGCUCUGCCCCCGACGACCAGCACAGAAUCAGUGACGAUGACUCUUCGAAUUGUAUACACCCGUUUGGAGGGGGCAAGGACACAGUGUCAACUGAGAGUAUAUUACGGACGGGGCGAUACUACAAAGGGAUAUAUUGGCCCUCACUUGCUAAUAGUUUUAAGGAUGAAGCUGUGGAAUGCUCUUACCAAAGGUAUUCCCGGAGGCAGCGCCAGAAAUCUCUAAUUAUGGUCAACGUAGUGGACUUAGCUUUAAAAAUAUGUUUAUCAGUUAUAUAUAUUCUAACUAAUAGGAGUACAGGUACAAUUCUAGAUACGGACGCGGUGGUGGGCGCGUACAGGAUCGCGUGGACAGUGGCGUUCGCGUGGCUCAACGUGGGCGUGUGCCUGCUAGGGUGGUGGCGCUGCUUCGCCAACAACUACCUGCACUGGGCCGCCGCUGCUACCUGGAUCCUGCUCAUCGCGCAAGGUCUCGGUGGCCAAGGCAUCGGGUUCCAAUCGCCCGAGAGCCAGGUGUGGUACAUGCUGUUCAUAGUGUUCGUGCCGUACGCCAUGCUGCCUCUAUCCCUGGGCUGGUGCAUCGUCAUCGGUCUACUUUCUUCUAUGUCACACGUGCUGGCCACCGCUGUAGAGAUCAAAGAGCUUGUCGACCAAAACGAACUAGCUUCACGUUCCUGCGGUAUGCGCCUGCUUGUUAGCAACGCGCUGCUAUACUCGGCGGUGAAUUUCGCGGGCAUGUACGCGAAGUACUUGGCGGAUUGGGGGCAACGCAAGGCAUUCUUGGAGACGCACCGCUCGAUGGUCACCAGGCAGCGCACCAAGCGGGAAAGCGAUCGACAGAAGAAGCUGUUCGAGAGCGUUAUACCGGAUUUUCUUGCGAAGGAGAUAUACGAUCACGUAUCCAAAGUAAAAGGCGAGUUCCAAGAACAGCAAUUCAACAACCUUUACAUACAGAGGCAUCAGAAUGUCUCUAUUCUCUAUGCAGACAUAAAAGGAUUCACAGAGCUGUCGAGCAAAUGUAGCGCUCAAGAACUGGUGAAACUGCUGAACGAAUUAUUUGCACGAUUCGAUCGUUUGGCUUCAGAGAACAACUGCUUGAGGAUAAAGUUGCUGGGCGACUGUUACUUCUGCGUGAGCGGUUUACCGCAAGCGCAUGACGACCACGCGCACUGCUGCGUCAACAUGGGGCUGCACAUGAUCCGCGCCAUACGGGACGUGCGGUACAACGCGCAGGUGGAUCUAGACAUGCGCAUCGGCAUCCACAGCGGCACAGUGCUGUGCGGCGUGCUGGGUCUGCUCAAGUGGCAGUUCGAUCUGUGGUCGCAUGACGUCACCGUCGCCAACCACAUGGAGAGCGGCGGGUUACCAGGUCGUGUCCACAUAUCUUCAGCAACGCUUGGGUAUUUAGAAGGCGCCUUCGAGGUUGAGCCUGGCGACGGAGGUAGCCGUAACCCCUAUCUAAGGGAACAUAACCUGACUACUUACCUCAUCAAGACCACGGAGCAACCGAGGCGCACCAGGCACAGGAAGAUAGGAAGCCAGCAGUUGCAGAUGCAGAACGAGAUCAACCGCCGCUCGAGCAGCAUCGUCGAGGAUGAAAUGACCACCGACUGGACACCAGAGUUGCCUUUCCAAAACUACUACAUGAGCAGCGUCGCGGGCGUAGUGAGAGCGCGCGGGCUGCACGCCGACCGCCUCAGCGACCCCGCACCCGACACCGAUGGGCCGUUAUCUGACGUCGAGGAGGACGACAUAAUAAACCACUCGAUCGAGGUUAGCAGCAAUCGGCGCAUGCGCGUCGACAACAUGGCGGCGUGGUCGCUUCACUUCCGGCGCGCGUCGCUCGAGCAGCGAUUCGCGCAGCUCGACGAGAAGACCUUCAAGUCCAAUGCCAUGUGCUGCCUCGUGCUGUGGCUGUUCAUCACUGCGGUUCAAUGCUUCAUGCACUACAACUGCAGUUCCCUGAUAAUCAUCCUGUCGGUGAUGACUUUCCUCCUUACGCUUUCCUUCGUGGUGGUGAUGGCGGAAGAGUUCCCCGGAAUAUGUCCGCACUUGGCCAAGAUCUCAGCGAAACUGAACGGCUCGCGGCUUCACAGAGAUAUCCACAUCUCCAUUUUCGUCACGGUGAUGUCGAUUUCUAGUACAACAAAACUGUACGCGUGCGACUCGUCCUUCCCCCUAAGCGCUUUCAACUGUACAUCCACAUCAGCGAACUUCACUAGUACUAACCCAAACGCCACAAACACCACUCCACCUCAUCGUUUAGAGGAAUGUUACCGACCUGAAUACGUGGUCUUCACUUGGAUUCUGUGCUUGGUGGCUCUGACAUCUAUCCUGAAGUUGUACUACCUGAUCAAGACGUUCCUGGCUAUAAUUAACGUGGCCAUGUAUACAGUGCUCUUGCUGAUUUACUACGACAUCUAUUACAUCAAUGGCACUACAAACACCACUCUCAAGUUCUACGUGCAAAUGCUGAUCCUGAUGAUAAUGUUCCUGGUGAUGGUUGUGUACCACGCGCGGCUGGUAGAAGUGACAGCACGCCUCGACUUCCUGUGGAGACUUCAGGCUGAAACCGAUCUCGACCAAAUGGAAGACACGCAACGAACCAACCGCCACCUGCUCAAGCACAUCCUGCCCGAUCACGUCGUGCACCACUUCCUCAGCAGGGACGGCUGCCCGGACGAGCUGUACUCCCAGUGGCGGGACGAGGUGGGCGUGAUGUUCGCGGGCAUCCCGAACUUCCACGAGUUCUACUCCGAGCAGAAGGCCAUCGACUGCAUGCGGCUGCUGAACGAGAUCAUUUUUGAUUUUGAUAAGUUGCUGAUGCAGCCGAGGUUCAAGAGCAUAGAAAAGAUCAAGACCAUCGGAGCAACAUAUAUGGCCGCUUCCGGUCUCGACCCCAAUCUUAGAACGGGAGAAGACGACUGCGAACACCUAUGCUCCCUGGUAGACUACGCAUUCGCAUUAAAGGAAACACUAGAAGAAAUAAAUAAACAUAGCUUCAACAAAUUCAGAUUAAGAGUAGGAAUAAGUUGCGGGCCGCUAGUGGGCGGCGUGAUCGGCGCUCGCAAACCCGUGUACGACAUCUGGGGGAACACCGUCAAUGAGGCAUCAAGGAUGGAGAGCACCGGCCUCAUGGACCGGAUACAAGUUACCAAGUACACGAAACAGCUGCUGGAAAAGCGCGGCUAUGAGCUGGAAGGCCGCGGCGGGGUAGAAGUGAAGGGCAAAGGGCGCAUGCACACGUGGUGGGUGACGCGCGACCGAGGGAGCGCCGCCCGUCCCGCACCCGCCGCGCCCCCGCCCCGCUCCCUCGCCGCGCUCGUGUACACCAUGCUGCAGGCGCGCCGCCGCAUCUACACGCACCCGCUGGACAACGUCAGCUCUGCAGCUGCAAGCCGCGGUGGCAGUAUGCAUUACGGUGGCUCUGCUCGCGGCACCACGCGACAUCGUUCCGAGUUGCGACGCACGCGAACGAGACACGGUCAUUUAAGGAGUGACGUAGACCAAUUGGAACUCGGCAUCCGGCCGCACGCCAGCAGCAUGGUGGUCCGGCGGCCGGACAUGGCGCCCCCGCUGGUGGGCAGCGCGUCCGCCCCGCACACGCCCACGCCCGCGCACAUAGCCCCGCCCCUCCCCGCCGCCACCAAACUGGGACUUGGAGCAAGAUUAAAAGCGGCUAGCUUCUCGUACCGCGCGCGGCCUAGGGACAAAUCGCCUAAAGUUCGCGACCAGUCAAAAGAGGGUUCAGUGAACUCAAUCGCCAACGGAGCACCGGGAUCCUUCCGCUUCCGAUCUGUCACUACAGCCUCCUUCUUCCGAAGCCGGAGCAAGGACAAGAGAAGUCGAGAGCAGUUAGAAGAACAACAUAAAGAAAACGGUGAUGCUAUGACUACAAGAAUGUAAUUCCAGUAAUUAGUAUAGAUAGAUACAUAUUUCAGUGGAAUACACAACAAAUGUAACAUUGAGAAAUAACUUCUUCAAGUUUGAAGAUACUUACAGACUACGAAUCUAAUGAACACUCAGCUAAUUUAAAUAAAAAUUUUCAUAUAUCUAAUAUUUUAUAUUGAAGAGUUGCAUAUACAUUGAUCUUAAAGUAGGUACAGUUAGGCCUGUAUAGUGUGAUAGCAUUUCUUGACUGAAUUAGUGGUUUGGCCGCACGCUAAACGAUAGCGAUAUUAUUCUAAAAUAAUCCAAUGUGCAGUCAAAAGGCUAAUUAGUUAGCUGGACAAGAUAUGUGAGGCCGAACUGUAAGAAGGUACUGUUUUUCUUAAUCAUAACACUUCCAUUCUAGCCUAAAGGCAAUAUAGAAGAUUUAUAAUAUUACAUUCAAAAUGAAAAAUGAACCACAAAAGAUGCUAUUCAUGAUUUAGUUUCAAAGUUUCAACCAAAUCAUUAUGUGAUUUUAGUUCAAAUAAUUAUUGUGUCCUAAUAUUUCUAGGUAUUAUUUAUUAGAUUUUAAGAUAAGCCAAUAAAUAUGCAGGUAUUAUUCGCUAAAUACCGACGCAGAAAAUAUGAGAAACUAUUAUUCAUAAAUAAUGAUUGAAGCACAAACCAAAUGCUUUAUGUUUUAUUUAAGCAAUUGUAUAGUUAUUGUUGUAGUAUUUUUAUUGUACACAAAAUUAGGACUUAGUUUGUAAAUAUAUAUCUUUAACAAGGGGAUUCAACUAAACGCUAAGAAGUCUUCCAAAGGAGGAUGCUAUAAUUGUAAAUAGGACUAAAUUUGCUAGAUAGGUAAUGAAAUUACAAUGUAAUUGUGUUAUGUAUGACUAUGACUUUACUUAAAGAAGGGGAAACUUUUUUUUUGAGAAAAUUAAAAACCCCUUUUGAUGAAGCUCAUUGUAGGCCGCAGUGUUCCCUGGGUGUCAAUUCUGCUAAGUAAGAAUUGUGUGUUUCAGUUGUUUUGAUUUUGGACGUUACUUAUUAUUAGUUACUCCGUGAUUAUGGCGCUUGCACCAGUGCUGAAAUAUCGGUCACUCGCUAAAGUCAAGGUACAUGUAAAUAUCAUAAAUUACUUUAAUAAUUAUAUUCAUUUAUUAAUGUAUGUUAUGUUAACGAAAACCACCAAGAACUACUAUUGCACCCCAUUAUUGAGAUAAGAUUUUUACAAUAGCUUAGCAGUCAGAAUCGACCCCCUGUACAACUGUAAAUAAACGUGAGAGAGAAGAGGCAAUAUGAAAUGGGCUGAAGGGAGUAUUCAUCUUUAUUCUAAAAAAAAAUAAAAAAACGCAGUUGCCAUUAAAAAACACGUGUUACUGGUAUGUUCCUUCCUAAUUUAAUAACUUAGCUCUGUAGUAAAUUACAAUGUAGAUAUAGGGGAACUUUAUAAUCUGUGAACUAUUUAUAUAAUCCAAAAACAUUGUAACCUAAAUAAUUGAUCGGGACGUUUAAAUUCUUUUGUGGAAAAGGUUGGGACCAAGAGAGUGAAAAGAAUGCAUUUCAAGAAUUAGAAGACAAAGAAUUUAUACGUUCUGCAAAUAGAUGAGUGAAAUGUGUAGUGUAUAUACCUAACAUACUUGUUUAUAAUAUAAAAUAGAAUUAUACUAAAGUAUUUCUAGUUAUUUUAUACACUAACUAUUGUGAUUUUUAUAGGAAACUUUUAAUGUUAAGACUACGUUAUCACAAUAUAUCUUCAAUAUUUAUCUGUUUUAGGUCAAUUACUGGAAAUGUAAUGAAUAUAAGUCAACAUAUGCCAAAGACAAUUUAUAUGAUCUCAUAUUUUCCCGAUCAAAUGUUGAAAUUGAAAAUGACUAAAUAAAUACUU